AAAAGUCCUCUCGGAAUGGAAUCGGAUCCGCUCGGUUUCGCUUCCGAUACGACAUGCUUGAUUGAGCACGCAGAGCACAUCAUCGACGAUUUUCUAUACAAAGUUAUGGCACCUGCAGGUAAACAAUCUAAAGAACGAAAAUGGUACCAAGGUAAACGAAAACAGCCAUAUAAAGAUGCGUUCCAAAGAAUGAACUUUCUUUAUCAGGCUGCUCAUUUGACGCUUAAACAAGAUCCUGACAAUCUUGAAUUAGUUCGGUUUUAUAUAUACACUAUGAAGAUGAUAGCACAGCGACUGGUAUUAAGAAUUGAGCCAGAAAUUAAAAGGACAAUUUGCAAAAAGUGUAGUCUACUCCUUGUUCCAGGUGUUACAGCCAUUUCAAGACAAAGAGGCAAGAGGGAGCAACACCAAGUGGUAACGUGCAUAAGCUGUGGCCAUCUGAAACGUUUCAACUCCAGCAGCAAUUAUAAGCUCUGGACAGAUAUUCCAGAGGCCAGGAUUUCAAUGUUUGGCCCUACAGACGACAAAAUAGAUCCUGCUGGAACGUGAGUUGGACACUUACAUGGAUUUAACGGAUCUUGGUCAGAGCCUGCUUAUAAUAUGAAUCAAUGACACUAUAAAUGUCUUAGUAACCUUAGCACUCACGACCCAUUUUUGAAUAAAAUCCAUACUGUGCAAUAUAAACUCAGCAGCAAUGGUAAUCAAUGAGUAAAAAGCACACAAACAUGAAAGUACAAUCAUUUAUGUAGGUACUGAACACUGAAUAUAUAUGAAGAUUGAUAUUGUAAGUAGGAGAGGUUUUGACACAGUGGUUUCAGGUCUACUUGAGGUCAAAGUUUGAAUGCCCCGACAUUUCAAAGAGUAAGAUCGGGUGACACAUAAUGAGUGCCGAAGGUACGAACGGCGGCUGGGGCCAGGGGACCCCCAAGUGCUCCCGGUCGAAUGCCCCUGGACGCUUUGGCUUAAAAUGGCAUAUCGAUCGAUAUUAGUGAGUUUAUAAUGAUCUCAGAUACAGUAGUUAUUGAAACUUGGAGGUAGAAUAUUAUGAUGAUGGAUGUUAAUAAUUAUAGUAAAAUUCAUUACAAAUUGAAAAAGAAACAACAUUUACUCGUAUUUUAAGAUAAGCUUAAGUUUUGCCAGUGUUUGCGUAAGAUCGUAAAAUUUGAUUGGAAUGCGUAAGACUUGCGGCGAAUGCGUACGGGUUGACAGAUCUGUAUUGUUAACAUAUUGUUAUUGUUUGUUUAUAAGACUCACUCUCAUUGGAGCAAUAUAAUUAUCACUUAAAGUGCCAUUACAGUAGAACCUCUCCUUUGGGACACCCCUAUUAAGGGAACGGAGACACUUUCUGAGUGUGCAAAAUGGUCAAAGCAAUACAAUUUAACCCCUAUUAAGGCUACACUUUUUUUUUUUUAUUGUAUCAACAGUUGUCUCCAAUAAGAAAAAAAAUCAUUCACAUUUUUAUUUUUG